AUGUCUCCAGUCAGCUCGCUGAACGAAGUGUUCCAAUCUCUUCAAGAAUCUCUCUCGUCCAUCACCAGUUGCUUUUGCCAACCGGAGGCUACGCUGAAGCUCAAUGGACGAACCCUAAAAAUAGUCAAGUUAUUGGGGGAGGGGGGAUUUUCAUAUGUUUACUUGGCACAGGAUCCUUCUUCCGGUAGACUGUUUGCAUUGAAGAAAAUCAGAUGUCCAUUGGGAAGUGACAGCGUUAACGAAGCAAUCAAAGAAGUAGAAGCUUACAAGAGAUUUCGACACCCCAACAUUAUUAGAUGUCUAGAUUCUUGCGUCGUACAAGAUAAAGAUGGCGAUGGAAAAGUAGUAUAUCUGUUCUUACCAUAUUAUUCGAAAGGGAAUUUACAAGAUUUAGUGAAUUUGCACACCGAUCUAGCACCCUUACCAGAAAACGAUAUAUUGAAAUAUUUCCUUGGGACAGCGCAAGCAGUAUCAGCGAUGCACAGUUACAUUCCCAAGAAGACGGUCGUCUCUGAUUCCUACCCCCCCAACGGGCUUGAUCUUGAUUCGCCUGGUGGACUGACGACCCCGAACAGUGCCACCGAUCGGAAGGGUAAAGGACGGCAAAAUAUUGAAGAAGAGCGAACAGAGGAGGAAGAGGAGGAGGAAGAAGGCUUAGGAAGGACUGAAGACGAACGACAAGAGGCACCCCUGAUGGGAAACAUGAUGACAAAUCACUCGACUGCUCAAAGCCACCAUCAUCAACCAGCUGCCAAAGCCCAGCGUGGCUCUGGCUCGAUAGAACCUUGGGCUCAUCGUGAUUUGAAACCGGCAAACGUACUGAUCAGCGAUGAAGAUCAACCUAUCUUGAUGGACUUUGGAAGCGCCAUCAAGGCCCGGAUCCCAAUCCCCAAUCGAUCUAUUGCUCUUCACCAACAAGAUUUAGCUGCAGAGCAUUCGUCGAUGCCAUACCGUGCCCCAGAACUAUUCGAUGUCAAGACGGGUGAAGAAUUGACGGAAGCAGUCGAUAUAUGGUCAUUAGGAUGUGUGCUAUACUGUCUAGCUUAUGGCCAUUCGCCAUUUGAAACGACUGAUACGGUUGAGCAAGGUGGCUCUAUGGCUCUGGCGGUCAUGAACGGAUCGUGGAAAUUUCCGAACACCAAGAGCUCGAAUCCCAAUCCCAACGGCAACAACAACAACAGCCACUCGAGCAAGACCCUCCGGAUUUACAGUGAUCAAUUCCAAGAACUAAUCAAGUCGAUGCUUGUGCUUGAUCCGAAAGCUAGACCGACAAUCUUUGAUGUUAUCGACUCAACUCAGGCCCUCCUAGAUCAACAGUCCCUCCAUCCUGAAUAA